AUGACGGUUGGACAAUCGCUUCACUCUCUCAAGCGCUCAUCGAAAAGCAUCCCAGACAUUCCAGAACCAUCACCCCGUCCCGAUUCACAGCCGCAAAGAACGUCGCCGACCAACCAGCAUCCAUACAAGCUUAUGGGGGGGCAAGAUCCAGACAUCCCAGACAAACUCAUCCCUGGACCGCUCUAUCCUCAUUGGCCAUGUUACCGCCCGAUUGAUACGGAUACCAAGGUACUCCGAACCACCAACCUUGGCCCGGCUGCCUUUCUCAUGCAUCCCCAUCCCACAUUAAGAGUCCCAGCUUUCCAAGGCACUGGACGCAGGACGGCGGCAUGCAGGACGCAGGCUUUGGACCACUCACGCACCGCGCAGCAGGGGUGUUCUCAUGCAAAAGAGGGAAAUACCGCCGCCAGGGGAAAGGCUUCCCGAUUCCGCACCCGCUGCGACCUGGGGCCUUUGACAAGAAAAUCACACCGGGAUGACCCCCCGAAAGGUCCCCAAAGCAACGUUUUCCCAACGUGGAUGUCUUCGCGCCGGAUUCUGUGCCAGUCGGGCCCACCGCAAAAGUUGCAAUUCCGCAAAUUGAGAUCAGAAUCGCCAGACAACGUUCCCCAAGGCGUUGCAUUUUCCCAAGGAGAAAAAGAGAGUGAAAAAAAGAAACAAGACACAUCCACGGUGCCGCCUGCAUUGACCGGAAACGGUCUCGGCAUGCAUCUCCCCGCCGCACGUAAACAUGGGAUGACAGACUGCUUAGAACCCUACCUAUUCUACGGAAACAAGCGUCAGAGGUUCCAGAACCCAAAAGGCAUUGGCCAGGACACCCACUUCAAAGCCCAGGGCACCACCGCCACAGUCAGCUAUACAUACUUCGAGACACACAAGGCUCGUGUGGCGGAGGCUCAUGUGGGUGGUGCACCAACGCCGGCGGCAUCGGGACGAUGCUCCCAAGGUAUUGUGCGGGGGAUGAGCCUCUUUCCGUUGCCUCCCAGUAUGUGUCUAGUUUGGCAGUCUGCAGAAUGGCAUGUUAACCUUGUUACAUCCAUUCCCGGCAAGGUGUCAGGCACCUACGGGCCCUACACUGCUGUCUCUUCGACUUGA